AUGUCAGAGACGGUAGCAGAAGAUGCGACUACAAGUGUGCUUAAAAAAGUUACCUACACUUCGCUAGGACAAGCACUUUAUCAUUUGGUCUCUUUUUUCGAAGGCUACGACCAACAGGUGUUGUCCAUGUGUAUGCGGGCUUUCGAGUUGACGUUGGGUUUGUCGCAAACUCAAUUAUCCACGUUAUCAACUGUGUCUACCAUGUCCCGCAUGGGUUGCUGCUUAAUCUGGGGAUUGUUGGCUGACUGGUAUGAUUCGAAUUAUGUACUUGGCGGCGGUUUGUUACUAAUGGGCAUGGCUUCAAUUUUCUUAAGUUCAGCGUCGCACUACAAAGUGAUCCUCUUCCUGCGAUUCUUACACGGGUUUGGAUUCGCCUGUGUAUAUCCGGUACAACAGAAAAUAGUUGCAGAUUCAACUGGUUUAGAAGAAUCAAAGAAACUUAAGGAAACAUCUGCACCACAAGGAUCAACUAGUUCGAAGGAAACACAGGAAUCAAAGGAUGCUAAUGAUAUAUUUACACGUCUUCAGGCUCUAAAUUGCAUUGGUAGGUUAAUAUGUGCAGUCAUAACUACGCUUAUCGCACGCAAAGUCUUAUUAGGAUAUUAUGGCUGGCGUACGUCGUACGUUGUGUUGGGAUACGUGUGGAUAUUAUUUGGUAUUGCGAUUGUCUGUGGAAUGCAAGCUCAGCGUCUAAAAUCCACAGAAAGUUUUCCUGAGCUUAUAUCUGGUGCUUUUAAUGCAGUUUUUACCAGUGGAACUGCAUGGAUAUGCAUAUUUACCAUAUUUAUCGCAGAAGCGCCAAUGUGCGCGUUUAAUUAUAUGACAAUAUAUCUUCAGUAUUUGGGUGUGUCUGAUACAAUGGCAGGCGUAGCGAUUGCAGUCACAUUGAUUGGCGGCGCAGCAGGAAGUGGAGCUGGCGGUGAAAUUAUAAAGGCGCUUAAUAAAGUUGAUGACAACCAUGCUGAACCAAGUUCCGGAUGCGCAGUGAUGAUAGUGCGAUAUGUUGUGUGCUUAUUGUUCUUUUUAGGCCCAGCUCCGCAAGGGAAGCUGCUUUGGUAUCAUUACGUAGAGUUGGCAGUUCUUGGGGCAACAUUAGUGUCGGUUGGUGGCGUAGAUAGACCUGUUAUGAAGAAUGCGAUCCAAGAUAAGUACCAGGCCACUGCAUCUGCCAUAAUUCGAACCAUAUCAGGCAUUUCAAGCAGUGUAAUAUUAUACCAAAUUGCUGGAUAUUUAACAGAGAAGGUGUUUGGUUACGUCCCAUCUAGGGAGUCAUUCGAAAGCAUGGAAGUAGCUGUUAAGGAAAGAAAUGCCGAAGCUCUGCGUAAAUCAAUGAUGUACAUUAUUUUGGCGGGUACAACACUUAAUCUAGUCUGUUAUUUGGCAUUGUUCUGCACAUAUAAAGGUGAUAAGAAAAAAGUAGGAGAACAAAACGAAGAGGAAGCAGCGGUACACACUGAACUUGAAAACGGUGGUGCCUGCGGAAUCUUUGGCGUUCUUUAA